AUGAUUGAAAUUGAUGAAAAAUUUAUAUGUGCGUGGGUAAAAAAUAAAAUAAGUUUUUCUAAAUAUAAUGUGAAUAAUUUAUGGAAAGAUACUUAUAAUGAUUUAUUGUUCAAAUGGAUAUAUAACACAGGUUCUAAAAUAUUAUUUAUAUAUAUGAAGGAAGAUGUUAAUGAAGAUGUGAAGUUGCAAUUUUCAUUAGAUUUUCCUAGUGAUAUUAUAGAUGAAAAAGUUGAUGAAUAUAUGAUAUUUUUAAAAGUUAAUAGUAAAAAGAUAACAUAUGAAAAUAUUGAUAAUUUAGUUUUAUAUAAUAAAAUAAAAUAUAAUAUAAAAGAGAAUAUUCUCAAUUUAAUGGAUAGAGUAUUUAUACCUACUCUAGACAUGAAAUAUAGUUCACCUAUAAAUAUACAAAAUGAUUUCAAUAUUACUACUAUAGAUUUUAUGACUUAUAUUACUCAACUAUUUUCUAAUAAUAAAUUUAUUUAUUAUCCUAAAGUUCCAUUACAUCAAAUUCAAGCUUUUUCAAGGGAUACAAAUUAUAUACAACUCCUUGAAAAACUCUUGGAUAAUUGGAUAAACGACAUUCAAAGAUUAUUCAAAAAUAUUUAUGAUGAAGACUUAAAAUAUUUAACCCUAUGUGAAUAUAUUUUUGAUGUAGAGAAGAAACACAGUAUAUUACAAGACCUAUUAGAAGAAUUAAGUUUGGAUGUAAUAACAGGUAUAAUACAAAUAUUAGAUAAAAGUAAAUGUGCCAAUGUAAAUAAAUAUAAUGGUUUAAUAGAAGUUAUGAGAGAUAAAUGUAAUAAGUUGGAAGAAAAGCUAAAAGCAUUAAAUUUAUUGAAAGAACCUUUUAAAAAUUUAGAUAUAAAUAUAUCAGUGGAAAAUGUUUACAAUAUUUUACCAACGAUAGUAAAUAGAUUGAAAUUAAUUUUUAAGUUUUCAAAAUAUUAUAAACAUUCUGAGAAAAUAAAUGAUUUAAUAACAUUAUUAUUGAAUGAAUUUAUUAAGAAAUUACAAAAUUAUAUUGAUUUAUCAAAAUUGUAUACAAAAGAAGUCAAAGAAUUAUCAGGAACAUUAGAUGAAUGUAUAAAUUUUGUGACCUAUUGGGAAUACUUAAUAAAUAUUUCCUUCAACAUAUCUCAGGAGACAAAUGAGAAAAUAGAUAAUAUAAUACAAAACUUCAAUUUGUCCAAUAUUAACAUCUUCAAAGAAAAAUGCGUGGACCUAAAAGAAAUAUGCUAUGCUUGCGAACAAUUUUUAUUUAGCAUUAAAGAAGAACAUAUAAAAUGUUUUAGCUAUGAAUAUUAUAAUAUAAUUAAGAAAGGAUUUAAUGAUAUUGAAAGUACGUUUUACAACGAGCUAAAUCGAAUUCGUAAUUUAAAUUAUAACAUAUUAAGUAUACGAAAUAAUGAAUGGUGUAAUGAUUUUUUAAAAACUAAAGAAUUAAUAAAAGUUCUUGAAAGUAUUUUUAUAAACUUGAUAAAAAUAUCUUUUGAAAAUUGUAAUAAUAUUGAGAAUAGUAUAUUUCUUUUUGAUACCUUUUAUAAGGUUUCUGUUACUGAUAAUGUAAAAUCAUUUAUGAAAAAGAAAGUAAAUGAUAUAUGGUAUGAUUUUAUAGAAUAUGUUGAAUCUUAUUCUAAAUAUUUUAAUAAUUUUCUUGAUAAUCCAACUUUGCAUUUCUCUUAUCAUAUAAGAUAUGAAUAUCAUUCUUCUUGUAUUAUGGUUGCAAAAAAUAUUAGUAUAAAAUUAUAUCGUGUAUUUGAUAAAUUAAAUAAAUUAUUUUAUUUGCCUCGUUGUAAACCACAAGAAAUAGCUUAUGAAAAAUAUUAUGAUGUUCAAAAUUCUCUUAAUAUAUAUAUAAAGCAAAUAAAUAAUAUAUGGAUAAAUGAAGUGAAAACUAUAGCUUCUAAAAAAAAUAAUUCUCUUGUUAAUACAUUAUUAGAUAAUUCUAUUUUGGUAAAAAUAAAAGAUAAAUAUAUUGAAAGUACAUAUAAUAUAGAAAUACAGAAAGUCCUUUCUGAAGUAAAUUUUUGGUUAAAGAUAAAAGACGAGAAAAUUUUUUUACCCAAUAUUAUUAAUGAAAUAUCUUUUCAUGAAGAAAGAUUAAAAGUUAGUAAAGAAUAUGUAAAUAGACUUGUCAGAAAUUAUAAUAAUAUUUGUAUUAUGUUAAAUAAUGAUCAAUAUAAAAUAUUUGAAUAUAUUUUGAGAAAUAUUUUUAAUAAUAUAGAAAAUACAUUAUUUAAAUAUAAUUGGAAUAAAGAUAAUAUAAAAUUAAAUAUAAUUUUUAAUUUUCUUAAUGAAUGUUUACAUAUAAAAAAAAUAAUUUCUGAUUUUAAAAAAAAUGAUGAUCAAAUUAAAGAUAUACUUAACGAAAUGGAAAAAAUAUCUAUAAUUGUUAUAGAUGAUAAAAGAACAUAUACAUUAGAAGAAUUUGAAGAAGAACAAAAUAUAAAUAUUGAAGGUAUUCGAAGUAUUUUAAGAGAUAAACAUACAAGAAUUAUUAAAAUAUUAAAAGACAUAUUAGUAUAUAUAGAAAAUAUAUCCAAAAAAGGUUUAAAUGCAUUUAAAAGUUAUAUUAUUAAUAUUGAAAAAAUAUUCCAAGAAAAAUAUUUUAUUUCAGUUAAAGUAUCUUUAUAUAACUAUUAUAAAUUAUUAACAGAUAAAAUUAGUAAUGAUGAAGUGAAAAAUUAUCCUCUAUUUAAAAUAUAUGUAAAAUUAAAUAAAAAUAAAGAUCUUCUAUAUGAUUUCUCACAUCAAUCAGCCAAAAAUUUAACGGAUGAAAUUUAUAAAAAAGCAUCUGAUAUAUUUUUUAAUUUCCCUAAAUUUAGUUUUGUUAUAUUCAAAAAUAGACAAAAACAAGUGAAGAAAAAAUUAGCAUUUGUAUUUAACACCAAUAAUUCAAAUGAUAAAGAAGCGUUAAAUGAUUCACAUGAUAAUCAACUAAAAAAAAAUGAUAAUAAUAAUCAAUGUACAAAAUUGCUUAAUCAAAUAAACAGCAUCUAUAUCAAUUUUAUGGAAAAAUUAAAAGAAAAAAUAAAGUGGUUAAAACAUUACAAUUUGAAGCUUUUAAGUUUAAACGAAAGUGAAUUGUUGAAAAAUUUACAUUCAUCUGAGGAUCCUAUGAAAUAUGUCUAUAACCAAAUUAAUGUUUUUAAAAAUUUGGAGGAAAACAUUAAGCAAGACAUCGACAAGGAAAUAAUAUUAUUCAUUGAAAUAAAUUUGAGCACACUGAAAGAAGAACUUCUAGCCGAUUUCAGCAAAUAUAAAAAACUAUUCCUUGAUUACAUUAGUGAUAAAUGUAAAAACAAGUUGGAGGACAUAUAUAAUUUCUUCAAAGAGAAUAGUACUAAUUUGCUAAAAGCUCCAACAGAUAUUAUAGAAUUAAAAGAACAUAACAAUUUGUUAGAUUAUUGUAAUAGUAAUUAUUUAAGAUAUAAAAAAGAACUGGAAAAAUUAGAAGAAGAUUAUGUAAAAUUAAUCGAACUUAAAGGAGUCUUAAAUGAAGAUGAGAUAAUGAAAUUAAAAACUUCUUCAAUUAUAUCAAAUAAGUUCAUAUCAUUAAUGGAUGAAAGUAAAAGUAUGUAUUUAGAUACAAAAGAAAAGAUGAAAAAUGAAAUAAAAAAUUGUUAUAACGAAUUUAAUAAAAUUUGGCAAAAGAAAAAAGCUAUAUUUUAUAAAGAAAUACCAAUAUAUAUUAAUAAUAAUCCAAAUAAUGUAUUAGAAAAAAUCAUAUAUUAUGAAGAGGAAUUAAUAAAUAUUAAAAAUCUUCAAAGUGGAUUAAAGAACAAAAUUAAUCUAUUUAAUAUUGAUGAUGUAUGUGAUGAACAAAUAUGUGAAAUGGAAAUAGAUUUGAAACAUUUAAAAUAUAUAUGGUUAAUGAUAAAAUAUUGGUAUAGUACAUUUGAUUUUAUUAAAAAUGUUAAUAUUUUUUAUUUGUAUGAUAUAUUGAACGAAUUAAUUAUCAUGAUUAAUGAAUAUAAAAAAUAUCAUCUAUAUGAAAUAUUAUCAUUUUUAGAAGAAAAUAAGCAAAUCAAUUGUCUAAGCGAAUCAAAUUAUGAGAUAGAAGGGAAUAUAAAUUAUGAUAAAAAAGAAUAUUAUGAUGUUAGAAAUAAUACGGUUAAUGGAAUUGAAAAUAAAGAUAAUGAUAAAAUUGACAAUUGUGUUAAAGAAGUAUAUGAUACCGAAAUAGUAGACAAAAAUUUAAAUAUUAAAACAUUCUUAAAUCAAUUAAAAAUCCAUUUUUUAGAUAUAUUUGAAAAUUUUUUAAUAACAAUUAAAAUGAGAAAUAAUUGGGAUAUAUAUAAAGAAUUGAAAAAUAAUGUUGGAAAAUUAAAAUUUUCUUUAAUUCUAGUCGAAAUAUUAACAAAUGAAUGUAUAAAAUAUAGACACUUUAAAGAAAUCCAAUUAAAAACAAAUAUUGAAUGGAAUCUUAAAAAUAUAACACUAAAUGAUAUUAUAGAACAUAAAUUAUAUAAAGAAAUAAAAUUUAUUACACUUUUGUAUAACAAUGCAGAAAAGGAAUUAAUUAUAGAAAACAACCUUAAAAAAAUUAUUAAUAAAUAUGAAAAUAUGAGAAUUAAAGUAAAACAUUAUAAGUGGUCUAUUUUAAUUGAUGAUACAGAAAAUAUAUUUAACAAUAUUAAUGAAGAUUUGUUCUUAUUGAAUAAUAUAAAAAUUUAUAAUUUUGAUAUCAACUUUUUAAAAAAAACAGAAAAGUGGGAAAAUAUAUUAGGUAAUCUAUAUGACAACUUAGAAAUUAUUUGUUUUAUACAAAAUAAAAAUGAAUAUUUAAAAUCGAUAUUAUCAUCAUCUAAUGAAAUGAAACCACAUUUAAAUAAUGUAUAUGAACAAUAUAAUAUAUGUAAUCAGAUAUUUAUGAGAAUUGUUAAAAGUUUUGAAAAUUCAUAUAUACUAGAAAAGAUUAAUAAUAAUAAUUACGUAAGAGAUUUUUUGCAUAUUCAAAAACAACUGAAUUAUAUAGAAAAAUCAUUAGAUACAUAUUUAGAUCAAAAGAAACGAUCUUUUCCUCGUUUUUAUUUCUUAUCUAAUAAAGAAAUUUUAGAAAUUUUAGGAAUGUACAAAAAUCCUUUUUUGCUAAAAAAUAAAAUACAAAACAUGUUUUCUGCAGUAUGUUCUAUAGAGUUUGUACUAUCUGAAAAAAGAACUACACCUUUUCAAAAAAAUAAUUCCAUAGUAACAAAUAUGAUGAAUGAACAUAAUAAGGGUAGUAUAAGUCUGGCAACAAGAAAAAAUUACCAAAAAAAUUUACCCCCAUAUAAUAAUAAUAAUAAUAAUAAUAAUAAUAAUUGUAAUAUUUAUAGUAAUAUUUAUAAUAAUAAUACUUAUUAUAGUGAGAAUAAAGAUAGGAAUAAUUACAAUGAUAAGAAAAAUUAUAUGACAAAUAUAUCUCAAAAUAACAUGAAUAUGGAUUAUGUUAAUUAUUCAUCCCAUUUUGAUACAUACAUUUUGUCACAACAUAAAGAACGUAUAAAAUUACAUAAAAAAAUGUUAUUAAAUUAUGAAUCAUCUACAAUUAUAUUAAAAAAAAUAGAAGAGAAUAUUUAUGAAACUUUAAAAGAAGAAUUAGUAAAUGUGCAGUUAGAACUAAAAGAAAAAAAUUUGAAAAAUUGGAUAUUGAAUAACCCACAACAACUCGUUUUAGCUAGUAAAUGUAUAAAUUUUACAAAUGAUUAUGAAUAUUUUUUAAUUCAAAUAAAUAAAGGAUCUCAUAUAUUUGUUAAUCAAAUGAAGAAGGAAAAUCAUAAAGAAUUAUUAUUUUUAACAGAAUUAAUAAAAACUAUAAAAGAUAAAAAGAAUUAUAUAAAAAUUAGUGCUUUGAUUAUAUUAGAAAGUUAUUAUAAAGAUGUUGCUGAAAAAUUAAUAAAAAAUAAAAUCGAAUGUAAUGACAACUUUUUGUGGAUGUGUCAAAUAAAGUAUAUACUAACUGAAGACGAAAUUAAAGAGAAUUCUAAUUUUGUACAAAUCAUGUCUUUUAAUGAAGAUAAAAUAGACAAAAAUGAUAAAGCAAAUGAAAGUACUACAAAAGAAUCAUUAUAUAGAAAAGGUGGAAGUAAAAAUGAAAUCGAUAAUGAUGUAACAAAUAUGAAAACCACAAAUCAAUUUAGUAAUAUUCAUACUAAUUUAAAUGAGAAAAAAAAUAUUGCUAAUAAUUUUAUUAAGAAUAAAAAGAAAAUUUUAUUAAAUAAUGAUAUAUAUGGAAGAAUGCAAAACGAAAACAUAAAAAAAAAUAAACAAGAUAAUAUGGUUAAGGAAGAAGUAGAUGAUAAUAAUUAUAACAUACAUGAAAAGAAUAAAAAAAAAUGUGUUGAGGUAAAAAUUCAAUUAAAUAAUAAAAUACCAAAUAAAAGUGAUAUUCCUUCUAAUAAAGAAAUAUAUAAUAUUAAAAAUAAUAGUUAUAUUGAUUGUUCUAAUGUUGAUGAGAAAGAAGAAAAAUUAUUCAAUGACGAGAAAGCAAAAAAAAUACCAAAUGAUUUUUCUGGUAAAGACAAUAAUAUUGAAAGAGAUCAAUCUGAUUAUCCUUUAACAGAAGGAAAAAAAGAUGAAAAUAAACAAAAUAAUUUAUAUAAUAUGGAUGAACAUUUAAAUGAAGAUAUAAACAUUAAUAAUAAUGAAUAUGAUAAUAUAAAUUGUAUAAAUAAUAUAAAAAAUAUAAAUAACGUUUAUAAAGAAAAGGAAGAGAACAAUCAUAUUAUUCCCAAAACAGAGAUAAUGAUUAAUAAAGAAAAAAUGGUAACAAAUAAUAUAUUAUUAAAAAAAUCAAAAAAGAAGAAAACAAAAAAUACAAUUACAACUAGUUUAAAUGAUAAGAACAUAGAUAAUUUAAUUUCUAAAGAUACUAACAAAGCAGAAUAUUCUAAUGAUCCUGAUAUGAUUAAUAAAAAUAAUAAACAACUCAAAUAUUUAAAAACAAUUAAUUUAAUGCUCAACAAAUCUAUGACAUUAUACUUAAAUUAUUUUAAUAAUAAGAGAAAAUAUUCUUAUGAGUAUCAAGGAAAUACAACAAGAUUAGUUAUUACGCCAUUAACUGAAAAAUGUUUUUAUUCAUGUUUAAUAUCUUUAGAUAAUUUCUAUGUGAAUGCUAUACAAGGAGAUACAGGAGUUGGAAAAAGUGAGACAAUAAAAGAUUUUUCAAAAUUAUUUGGUAGUAACAUUAUAUCAAUUAAUUGUAAUAAUAAUAAUACGGCAAAGUAUAUAGGAAAUAUAUUAUCUGGGAUAUUACAAUCUGGAUUUUGGUGUUGUUUCGAUGAAUUUAGUAGAAUAGAUGAAGGGGUCAUUGUUAUAAUUGUAGAACAGUUUAGAUGUAUAAAACAUAUUUUACAAAGUUUAGAAUUUAAUAAAUCAAGUCGACAACAAGAAUAUCUUAAUUAUGAAUAUAUAUCGUCUUAUCAGAAGGGAUGUAAUUGGAAAGUAAAUACAGAUGUUGAUGUUGAUGGUGAUGGUAAUGAUGUUGAGAGUAAUAGUUCGUGUGAAACGUUCUGCAACGAAUAUGAUCCUGAUAAUAAUAAUAAUAAUAAUAAUAAUAAUAAUAAUAAUAAUGAAAAUAAUGACUUGCUUUUCAUGUUAGAUAGUUAUGGAAAUAAAAAAAUAAGGAAUACUAAAAAAAUUUAUACAAACGAAUUCAAUAAAAUGAUAAAUGAAAAUUAUGUUGAUGAUUUUCAUAUUAUGAAUAAACAUAAUGAUAUGAUCAAAUUAAAAGAAUAUUCCUCAAAAACAAAUAAUAAUAUGAAUUCGUUCGAUCUUUUUUCGAAUAAUAACAAAACAAAUAAUACCAAUUUGGUAACAAAUAAUACAAUUAAUAAUAAUAAUAAUAAUAAUAAAUUAGAUAGUAAUAAUAAUGCUUAUUUUGAAGGUCAAUAUAUAAAUGUAAAAAAUAGUUGUUCCAUAUUUUUAACCCUUUGUAAAAAUAACAAUAAGGGUGUAUAUUCUUUGGAAAAUUAUAAUAAUGUUAUUCAAGUGUUUUGUUUUAAACCUCCAAAUUUUUAUUUAAUUUGUCAAUUUUCUUUAACUUCUAUUGGUUUUAAGAAUUCAAAAAAAUUAUCUAAAAAAAUUAAUACAUGUUAUAGUUUGUUAUAUGAAUUUCUUUCAAAAGACAAACAAUAUAUAAUUGAUUUAAGAGAAAUAAAGAAAUUUUUGAACUUGGUCUCAGAAGAUUUUAUAAAAAAUAAUAAAACCAAAUGCGAAGAAGAAAUAAUAUAUGAUGCUUUGAUUGAAGUUAAUGAAUCGAAAUUAUUAAAAGAUGAUUUAUAUAUAUUUAAUAAUUUUUUAAAAGAACUUUUUCCAUUUAUAAAAAUUAAAAAUGAAAAAAAUAAAUACAAUGAUUCUUCAAUUAAAAUUAUAGAAGAAAUAAUGAAAAAUAUGGGAUAUACAAGAAAUGAAUUUUAUAUAAAUAAAAUAUUGAAUCUUUAUAAAAUAAAAAAAACAAAUAAAGCAAUAAUUCUUGUAGGGAAAUCUUGUAGUGGAAAAACUAGUAUAAUAAAUAUAUUUAAACAUUAUUGUGAAAUAAUUAAAAAUAAUAAUAUGAAAGAUAAAAAUGAUUUAGGACAAAUAAUAUAUGAUAUCGAUUUGGAAUAUAAAAAUAAAUCUAAUUUAUCUAAUGAAUAUGAUUAUGAUAAUGAUAAUGAAAAUAACAAAUUAUAUAUAAAUAAUGAUGAAACUAUAUAUUCUAAUCAAAUAAAUAUAUCAGACCUUUCACAAUCAACAACAACACCAAAUAAUAAUAUUAAUAUUAAUAAUAAAGAUACAUAUGAAAGUUAUAAUUUAUUGUGUCCAUAUAAUUUAUUUUAUAAUAAAUUUAAAAAUCAAGGUAAUCCUAACAAUAUUACAAAUAAUAUGAACACAAAGAAAUCGAGUAAAUUAAGUAGUACCUAUUCUAUGCAAAAUAAAAAUUCUGCUGGUACCUUACUUGAUAUGUCUUAUAAAUAUAAAAAAAGCACAGAAAUGAAUGAUUCGACAAUUGAUAUUACAGUAUUUAAUCCUAUGUCUACUGAUGUUGAGAAAUUAUAUGGAUUCUAUAAUUUCGAAAAAGAAUUAUAUGAAGAUGGAAUAUUAGCUUUAAUAUUAAAAAAAAUGUUUGAAAACAUCAAUGAAAAUGAAAAGUGGUUAAUUUUAGACGGUCCUUUAGAUAUUAUGACUACAGAACCGUUGCAUUCAUUAUUAGAUGAAAAUAAUAUUUUGACAUUAAUUAAUGGAAAUCGAAUAAAAUUUUCUCCGAAUGUGUUUAUAUUUUUUGAAGUUGAAAAUUUAAAAAAUUGUACACCAUCAUUUAUUAGUAGAUCUAGAAUUGUUUAUGUGAAUGAAGAUGAAUUUAAUUAUGAAUGGUUAAUUGAUAGUUAUUUAAAAAGUAAUAAAUCUAACAUCGAGGAAAAAAAUUUAAUACAAGGAUUAUUUAAUAAAUAUAUAAAAAAAGUAAUGAAUGCUAAAAAGAAUAAAUAUAAUUUAAUAAUAGAUAUCAGUGAUGCUAAUAUUAUAAUAUCGAUAUGUCAAUUAUAUGAUAUGUUAUGUAAUUUAUAUGAUAAAAAUUUUCCAAAAAAUUUAAAUCCAUCAUUAUGUUUAGAAAAAUUAUUUCUUCAAUCUAUCAUAUAUAUUUUUUCUAAUAUUUUAUGUCCUAAGAGUAAAGAAUUAUUUGAUAAAUUAAUCAAAAGUAUUGAUAACACCUUCCCAUAUUUACAUACCGUUUUUGAUUAUAUAAUAAGUAAGAAUAAUUUUAAUUGGGUAUUAUGGGAUGAAUUAAUUACAACAAAUCAUAAUUUUCUACCAAAUAUUAAAGAAAAGUUUUUCUAUUCUUAUGAUAAUUAUAAUAUUGGUAAAAAUGAUAGUAACAGUUUUAAAUAUAUGAAUAUUAAUCAAUUAGGAGAAACAGUAAAUCAAGAAACCGAUUUUAAUAAAUUUUUUCUUAGUAGUAAUUUACAUUUCAGUAAAAAUUUUAAUAAAUAUACAAUUAAUUAUAACAAUUUAUUUAGUGAUAAUAAUAAUGUUAAUAAUAAUGAAAAUACUUUAAAUAUUUAUCAGACAUAUCAUCAAAGUUUUAUGUCUUCUAAUAUGAAUAAUAUGAAUGAAAUGAAUAUGUUAGACAAUUAUCAUAUGUUUAGUAAUUAUUCAGAAGACAAUAUAAAUUCUAAUAAUAAUUAUCAUUUUGAUUCUUCCAUGUUUAAUAAUAAUAGUAAAAAUUUAUCUAAUCCAUAUUUUUCUGGUAACACCUUUUCGCAUAACGAAUUUUCAGAAAAUACAUGUUCUUAUAGAUAUAUUAUGAAUAAAACAAAAAACAAAUAUGGGAAUAUACAUCAUAAUGAUAAUUAUAUGAAAAGUAGUGAUAAUUAUGUAAAUUAUGAUGAUAAUAUAAAAAAUAUUGAUAACAAUAAUAAUAAAAAUAAUAAUAAUAUUGAUAACAAUAAUGACCCCAAUAAUGAUAAUAAUAAUAAUAAUAAUAAUAAUAAUAAUAUUCAUGAUGAUCAUUUUAAUAUUGUCAAUGAUAAUUAUAUAGAAAGUUAUAAUAACCUUUCUAUGAAAGAUAAUAUAUAUAGUAAAAAGGAUGAAUAUAACGAAAAUUAUAUUGAAAAAUCCAAAGAAAAAUAUUUCCAUCAAAAAUUUAAGGACAAUAUUUUUAUUGAAAAUGUAGAAUCAUUACGUAAAAAAAAUAUGAUUAGCAUUCUGAUGUAUAAUAAAAAAAAUAUAUUACUAAUAGGAAAUAAAUAUAGUGGGAAAACAUUUUUUAUGAAAUAUAAUAUAUUACCAUAUAUUAAGGAAGAUAUAUCAAGUUAUUAUACCUUUAUUUCAAAAUUAUAUAAUUCUAGUAAACUAGAGAAAAUAAUAGAAAUGAAUGUAGAAAAAAAAUGCAGAAAUGUUUAUAAACCAAUUGGGAAUAAAAAAUGUUUAUAUGUUAUUUUAGAUGAUUUAAAUAAUAUUCAAAAAAGUAAUAAUUCCUACAUUGAAGAUUAUAAUAAUAAUAAUAAUAUGAUACAGAAUAAUUUAUUAUUUAAUUUCAAUAUCAACAAUCAGAAUGAUAUAUCUACAAACAUAUUUGAUAAUAAUAAUUAUAAAAAUAAUAAAAUGAGAUAUCUCAAUAAUUGUAGUGUUCUAGAAUUUAUCAACCAAUUUAUAGAUUAUAAUAUAUAUUAUAAUAAAGAUAGUGACUCCGCAAAGAAUGUAGAGAAUUUGGUUUUCUUUUUAAUAUAUGGAAAUAAUAAAAAAUAUACAUCUACCUUUAAUAGAAAGAUAAUAAAUAGGAUGUAUAUAAUACAUUUAAACGAAAUGGAUGAAACCAAUAUAAAGAAUACUUUCCAUGCUUUCUUAAGGCAUAAAUUUACUAACUUUCAUGAGGUUAUUAAGAAUUUAUCAGAACCUUUGUCUGCAUCAACUGUUAGAUUCGUUUUUGAAUCGGCAAAAAAUUUUAAACCAAAUUUAAAUUGUUAUCAUUAUUUCUUUCAUUUAAAACAUAUUUUUAAAAUAAUAAAAGGAAUAUUUUUAUCAGAAGCUCCUAUUUAUGAAGAAAAAGAAAGUGUGUUACGCUUGUGGGUAAAUGAAUGUUGUCGAUCUUUAGGAGAUCAAUUAAUUUUACAAACAGAAAGAAAAAGAUUCAAAACUAUUUUAAAAAAUAUUUUACGUAAAAAGUUUUAUAUUAUGUACAAUUAUUUAUUUCCUAAAAGGAAAACAUUUUAUUUUUGUUCCUAUAAUUUUCAUGACACUAAGAAUGAAAAACCAUAUUUUUUCUAUCAACCCAUAUCCAAUGAAAAUGUAUUAAUAGAAUUUUUCAAGAACGUUAUAUCUUCUAUUAACACAUUUGUUGUUUGUAAUUACGAUCAGAAAAAAAAGGAAUAUUUUAGAAACGAAAAAGGAGAUGCAAAUAUAAAUAUGAAUAAUGAGAAAAAAAAAAGAAAUCUUCAUUUAAAUGAAAAAGAGGAAAUGAUAAAAGAUAAUGAAAAUAAUAAUACAUACAAAAUUUUUAACACGUUAGUAGAUUCGAAAGCUAUAAACAUAAAUCAAGAAGACGAAAUUGUCUAUACUAAUAUAAAUCGCGCAGAUAAUAUAAAAGAAAUGAUGAAUGUAUCUUUAGAAAAAGGUCAAAUUAAAAUAUCUAAAGAAAUAGAAAAGUUAGUAAACAAGAAUGAUAAUGAUUUUAAUAAUAUGAAUAACCCAAUAAAUUUUAUUUUAUUUAAAGAUGUCAUGUUAAAUAUAUGUAAAUUUUCUAGAAUUUUUCUUUUCGAAAAUGAGCAUUUUAUAUCUAUUGGUGAUAGUAGUCAAGGAAAGUUUACCUGUUGUUUAAUAGCAUGUUAUAUAUAUCAAAUAAAAAUUGAUAUUAUUAAAAAUUUUUAUUAUAACAAAAUGAAUAUGGAUAAUAUGGAUAGUACAAAUAAUAUGGAUAAUACGAAUAAUAUGAAUAAUAUUAAUAAGAUAGAUGAUGAAUAUAAUAAUAAUAAUAAUAAUAAUAAUAAUAAUAAUAAUGCACGUUUUAAUAUUAAGAAGGAUGACAUGAAUUUUGUGGUUGAAACCAAUAAUGAUAAAAAGGAUAGAGAAGUUAUAUAUAAAGUUGUCGACGAGGAAGAACAUAAAGAAAUAAUGGAAAUAAAAGGAAUAUAUAAACAAGAUGAAGAUAAUAAAGAUGAGCAAAAUGAUACACAAAAUGAUACACUAAAUGAUACACAAAAUGAUACACUAAAUGAUACACAAAAUGAUACAUUAAAUGAUACACAAAAUGAUACACUAAAUGAUACACACAAUGAUACACACAAUGAUACACAAAAUGAUACACAAAAUGAUACAAAUCAUAGGAAUAAUCUUGUGACAUUUUCUAACAGGUCAGAAAAUGAAAUUUUUUUAAAAGAGGAUAAGAACAUUAACCAUAUUGAUUACAAACAAAAUGGUAACAUUAAAUGUAACAAAGGAAUUAAUGAUAAAGAGGAACAGACGAAUAAAUUAAAUUCCAAUUUGUUAAAUAAUAAGAAUCUUUCUGUUAUAGAAAAAUUAAAAUGUAAUUAUUUUAUAAAAAAAUUCAAAGAAGCAAUAUUUAAUUGUUAUAAGAAUGAGAAAAGAUGUGUAUUGUAUUAUUUAGAUGAUAAAAUGAAUUAUGACAUUUUAGAAUUUCUACAUAUAUUAUAUAAUAAUGAUAAUUUAAUAAAUAUAUUUAAUAGUGAAGAAAUAGCUUUUUUAAAAAAUAUACUUUUGCAAAAAGAAAUAAAUCUUAAAGGUUUUGAUACAUUAGAUGAAAUAAUUGAAGAAUUAAUUAGACGAAAUUAUCAUUAUAUAUUAUUUACAUCAUUAAAGAGUAAAAUGUUUAAAAAAAUAUCCUAUGAAUAUAAUUCAAUAUUAAAAAAUUCUACUGUUAAUUAUUUUUUUCCUUGGAAAAAUAGUUCAUAUAAUAUAAUAGCACAUGAAACACUGAAAAUGAAUAAUCUGAAUAUUAACAUUUUUAGUAAUUUACAUAAUGCUGCUUUAAAAUUGUUUCAAAGGAUAUUGAUUAAUGUAGAAGAAACAUUAGAUCAUAAUGAAAUGAGACAAGGAAAUCAUUUUUUUUUAAAUGAAUUUAUUAGUCAUAUGGAUAAUAAUAAUUAUCAUUAUAAAAAUGUAAAUGAAAAAGAAACAGGUAAUAUGAAACCAGGAAAUGAAAGUAAAAUAUUCUGUACCAAUGUACGUUUAGCCACAUCUAAAAAUGUAAUGGGACAAGAGGACAAGCAAAUUGCUCAAAUAAAUAAUAGUUUACAGAUGAAUACAAAAGAAAGCUAUAAAAUGAGUUCUGAUAUUAAUCGAAGUACUGUACAAAAUAAAGGAUCAGGUAAUAAUGAUGAAGGUGAUGAAAAUUGCCCUACAAAUGAUGACAGGAAUGAAGAUGAUGAAGGAGAAAACAAUAUUAAAUAUAUAAAAAACUCUAAAAUAGUUCAAGAUAAAUUGAACAUACAAAAAUAUAUUAAUUUUAAACAUUUUUAUAAUUUCCUUAUAUUUUUUGAACAUUUAUAUAAAAAGAAAUCAGAAGAAACCAAUAAACAAGAGAAAAAAAUUAGUAUAGCUUUAAAUAAAUUAGCUGAUGCAAGAAAUGAAAUACAAAAUAUGCAAAUCCAGUUAAGUCUUCAGAAAGAAAAUAUAUCAAAGAAGCAAAUAGAAUGUGCUAGACUAUUAAAAGAAAUUGAAGAAAAGAAAAAAGAAUCUAAUGAAAAGAAAAAGAAAAUACAAGAAGAUAGUAUUAGAAUAGCUAGUGUAGAAGCUGAAACACAAAAAUUAGCAGAAGAUGCAAGAAAAGAUUUACAAAAUGCAAUACCUGAAUUAGAGGUAGCUACACAAUCAUUAGAACAAUUAGAUAAAAAAAGUAUUUCAGAAGUUAAAGCAUAUACAAAACCUCCUGAUGUAGUUAUGCAAACCUUAUCUAUUGUUAUGAUAAUAUUAAAUAAGACACCAAGUUGGGAACAAGCUAAAAUUGAAUUAGGAGAUGCUAACUUUUUAUAUAAAUUAAAAACAUUUGAUAAGGAUACUAUAUCAGAUAAAACCUUGAAAAAAAUUGAAAAAUUUACGAAAAAUCCGAUAUAUUCUCCUAAAGCUGUAAAAAAGGUUUCUUCGGCUACUGGUACUUUAUGUAUGUGGGUUCAUGCAUUAAAAAUGUAUGCAGAAGUUUAUAGAGAAGUAGCACCAAAAAGGUUAAGAUUAAAAUUAGCUGAAGAAUUAUUAAGUAAAAAUAGGAAAGAACUUGAAUUAGCCAUGGAUCAACUUCAUGAAAUAGAAAGAACAUUAUUACAUUUACAAGAACAACAUAAUGAAAGUACUAAAAAAAGUGAUGAACUAAGUAAGUCAUAUGAAGAAUCUUGUUUAAAAAUUGAAAAUGUAGAAAAGUUUUUUGUUAAUCUUAUAGAUGAAAAGAAUCGUUGGGAAAAAUAUGUAAAUAAUAAUGAACGUAUAAAAAAAUGUAUUUAUGGAGAAUCUAUUUUAUCCUCUUUCUUUUUGGUUUAUACUGGCUUAUUAAAUUAUGAAGAUAGGAAAUAUUUAAUAUAUGAUACAUGUACAAAAUUAUUAAUAAAAAAUCAUAUAUCAGUUAAUACAAAUUUUAAUGUAGUUGAUUAUUUUAUAGACCCAAUACAAUCAUUAGAAUUUAAUACUAAUUUUAUAUCUAAUGAUAAUUAUAUGAAGGAGAAUUGUAUUCUCAUAUAUAAUAAUUUUAUUGCUACAUUGAUAAUAGAUCCACAUUAUCAGGCAGUCAAUUGGAUAAGGAAAAGUUAUAAAAAUAUUGAAAAUAGCAUAUUAGUAAUAUCUGAUGUUCAUGCAUCGGAUAUAUUUUUUAAAAUUAUUUAUUGUAUGGAUAAAGGUCUUAGUUUAUUAAUAAAUCAUAUUAACGAUGAUUUGGAAGAUAUAUUACUUUUAACUAUUAAAAAAUAUAACAAAUUUCUUUUUGACAAAGAAAAUAGGGUACCAGUAGCAGAGUCAAAUGAUGAAUCUAUAAGAUCAAAUAAUGAAUUAAUAAAUGAAUAUAUCAAAAAGAAGAAAAUUUUGUAUUCGCAAUAUGGAGAUAAUAUUAUAUCUUAUGAAGAGAAAAAGUAUUUUAUAAAACUACAAUUAUUAAAUGAUAUACAAAUACAUGAAAAUUUUAAAUUAUUUCUAGUGUCUAAUAAAAACUGCUUUCAUCUGGAUCCAGUAUUCUAUACAUUGACUACUGUUAUUGUAUUUAACUUAAAUAAGGAGGCACUAGACAACAUUAUGUUAAAUGUUAUAAUAAAGAAUGAGGAAAAGAAUUUGGAAGAAGAAAAUAAAGAAUCCGUUCUUCGUUUAGUUCGUAUUAAAAAAGAAAUAAUGAAUUUAGAAAAUAAUAUAUUAGAAAAUGUAACUAAGAGUCAAAAAAAAAUUACAGAAGAUGAUGAAUUAAUUAAUAUUCUUUUAAAAUCUAAAGCAGAUAUAGAUGAAAAGAAUAGAUGCUUAGAAGAGAUUAACGACACACUUAAUAGAACUAAUAUGAAUAGAAACAUUUUUAAAGCUUUAGCUAAAAAGAUUUCUAUAUUAUUUACAGUAUUAAAUGAUUUAAAAUAUAUUAAUAGUUAUUACCAAUUUUGUUUGGAACAUUUUAUUAAUUUUUUCACAUAUAGCAUAACCAUAUAUAAGUCAAAUAAUAAAACAUUAUCAUCAUCCUCUUCAGAGAGACAAGAAAAUUUAUUUAACUAUUUUUUUUACGAAUUUAUAAAAUAUACUAAGAUUUCUUUAUCAAGCAAGCAUCAUUUAUUUUUCACAUUUUAUUCGCUAUGCAAAAUUAUGGUUUUUGAAGAUAAAAUAUCUAAGGAGGACUAUAAUUUUUUUAUGUUUGGAAAGCACACAGAUACUGAAAAAAUGAAGGAAAUGAAAAGGAGGAUAAAAAUGGAAGAAGAAAUAAAAAAGGAAACAAGCAUGGAACUAUCCGAUGAUAAGGAAGGAAAAAAGAAAUAUCCAAAUAAAAAGAAGAACAAAAAAUUAAAAACAAGAAUAAAAUCGAAUGCUGAUAAAAAUAGUGAAAAUAAAAACACAUCUAAGGUUUCAAGUUGUGCUAAAAGUGUUAUUAAUAAGGAAAGUGCCAAUCGCAAGUUCAAUGGGGAAGAGGUGAAAGGAGAAAAGGAAGAUGCAGAAGAAGAAGAUGAAGAAGUAGAAUAUGAAGAAGAAGAUGAUGAAGGAGAAGAAGAUGAAGAAGAAGAGGAUGAAGAAGAGGAAGAUGAAGGAGAAGAAGAAGAAGGAGAAGAAGACGAAGAUGAGGAAAAUGAAGAAAUUGAAGAAAAUGAAGAAAAUGAAGAAAAUGAAGACUAUAGAGAAGAUGAAAAUGAGGAAGAUUACCGUUUUGAUGUAAAUAAUGAUGAUAUGCAUAGUAGGAGCAAAAAUAGUAAUAAUAAUAAUAAUAAUAAUAAUAAUAAUAACAAAAAUGAUGAUGGCCAACUACAAAAUAUUACGUUAGAAAAUAAUGAAAAAAAUAAUGAAUCUAAUAAUAAUAAAACCAAUGCAGACAUAAAGUCAGACAAGAUGAAAUCCAAUUUGGAUAUCCAAAAAAACAAAAAAAAAAAUAAAAAAAGGAAAAAUAAAAAAAAGAAACUUAAUUUAAAAAAACAAAACAGAAGCUAUGAAAUUAAAGAAAAUACUUAUGCAGAUUAUUCCGAAUUUGAUAAUAUGAAUGAUAAUGAUAUAGAACAUGAAGAUAAAACUAUGGAUGUUAUAAAUCCGGGUAAUGAUUGGAUAAGUUAUAUAAAAUGGAAACAAUUAUUAGAUAUAGAAAAAUUAAAAAAUUUCGAAGGAUUUAUAAAUUCAUUCAUUAAAUCUAUUAGAGAAUGGAGAAGAUGGUAUACUUAUUUACAAGUGGAAAAUGUUGUAUUUCCAGAUGAAUGGGAAUAUAAUUUAAAUAGUUUUCAAAAAUUGAUUAUAAUAAAAAUAUUAAGACCAGAUAGAUUAAACAAAGCAAUAGAAAAUUUUAUUUUUUUAAAUAUGUCAUAUAAUGAUAUAGAGGUAGAAUACAUGAAUUUUGAAUAUAUAUUACGUCCUUGUAAAAAAAAUAUAGAACCAUUAGUUAUUAUAUACAAACCUAAUUAUGAUCCAUUUGAAUAUAUUUAUAAGUACGCUUUGGAUAAUAAUCAAAAGUUAAAAAAUAUUACUCUAACGAAUUAUAAUAUAAAUUAUAUAUAUAAUUAUUUAAGAGAGGCAAUGAAAGAAGGACAUGUUUUAUAUAUAACAAAUUUACACAAUUCUAAUGAAAAUUUAUUAAAAUUGACAAAGUUAAUUGAAGACAUAUUAAAUAGUAAUACAAAAUAUAUAUUUAAUAGUUCUGAUGAUAUUAAUGUGGAGGACAAAUAUGUUAUAAACUCUAUAAAUAUAUCAAGAGUAGAAGAACAUAAACAUAAAGAAAAAGUACUUGCAAAUAUAUAUGAGGAAGAAAAUGUGUUGGAUAAAAAUGUUGAUGAUGAUGAUAAUAAUAACAAUGAUAUAGAUAAUAAAAAUGGUAGAGAAUAUAAUGAGGUAUUUAGUACCUUAGAUAAUAAUAAAAAUAUAUAUGAGACCAUAAAAGAUGAAAAAUAUAAUACUAUGAUGAUUAAAAACUUUUUGAAAAAGAGAAAUAAAUUGAUUAGUGUUCAUCCAAAAUUUCGUUUAUUCUUGUCAACAUUACCUGGUAAAGAAAUACCUAUAUCUUUAUUACAAAAAAGUAUUAUUGUUAUUUUGGAAGAACCACAUAAUAUAAAAAAGAGCAUAUCUAUAUUAUUUAAAGAACAUUGGGCAUUAGAAGAAAACAAGAAUGUUCAAUCAAAUAAAUUUAGAAAAUUACUUUUAAGUUUAUUUUGGUUUCAUUCUAUUUUAAAUAAUAGAAAAAAAUUUGAUAAUUUAGGAUGGAAUAAUGAAGAAUAUUUUUUCAGUAAUAAAGAUGUCAUCCUAAGUAAAUAUAUAACUAAAAUAUUUUUUAAUAAGAGUGUAAAAGAAAUACAUUGGCCAUAUUAUUAUUUCUAUAUUUGUGAUAUUAUAUAUGGUUCAAAAAUGGAUGAUUAUUUUGAUAAGCAAUUAUUAAAUAUAUAUGCCAAAGUAUUUUUUAAUAAUAAUAUAUUUAAAGGAAAAUAUAUAUUCUCUAGUUCAACAAAUUAUUGUUUACCAAUAGAUGUAAAUAAUGAAAAGUUAUUAAAUAAUUAUUUAAAAGAAAUUCCUUAUAAUGAUAAUGUAGAAUUAUUUGGACAAAAACCAUAUGCAGAAAUGUCAUAUAAUAAAGGUGCAUCAGAAGAAAUUAUAUCAUUACUUUUUUCUGUUAACUCCUUGAGUUUGAAUCAGUAUCAUUUCCAUAACAAAAAUAAUAUAAAUAUAAAUGAAAAACUUGUAUACUAUUUUACAAAAAAGUUACUACUUAAUAUGCCUCGUGAAAUAUACGUGGAUGAAUUAAUGAAAAAACAAUAUAAUCCUGAACAAUAUAUAUAUGCAAAUCUAUUAUUUAAGGAAGUGAAUAAACAUAAUAUUAUUUUGAAAAAAAUAAGAAGUUCUCUUAAUAAAGUACAAUAUGCUCUAAAAGGAGAAAUUACAAUAAAUAAAAAAAUAUAUGAUAUGUUAAAAUGCCUAAGUGUGGGUGUGGUACCUCAAACGUGGAAAAAACUUUACGCAUCAAAGAAAAAAAUCCUUUAUUUUUUCGAAGAUUUAAAAGAACGAAUUAAUCAAUUAAAUCAAUGGAGUAUAAAUGGACAUUUACAAAUUUAUUGGCUAGGAGGUUUUUGUAACCCUAAAAGUAUUUUAAAAUAUAUUUUGCAUGAAUAUUCUAAAAAAAAUGACGUAAGUCAUGAAUUAAUUACCUUUGAAUUUAGUUCCAUAAAUAAAUCUGAUGAAAAUAAAUUAAAAGUUAAAAAUAUGGAUGAAGGUAUAUAUAUAAAAAAUAUAAUUUUACAAGGUGCUAAAUGGGAUUUAAUUAAUCAAUCUUUAAUAGAAACAGAUAACAAUAAUUUAUAUUUUAUUAUACCAUUAGUUUAUCUCAAAGUUGUUUUAAUAAAAAAUAGUAAAAAUGAAAAUGAUAUUUAUUAUUGCCCUCUAUAUAUAUGUGAAGAAAAGAACGUUAUGGAUAUUAGAGAUAAUUAUUUAUUUCUGGUUGGAUUAAAUGCCGGUUCAAUAAAUCCAUCCCAAUGGGGAAAAAUGGGUGUUAGAUUAUUUUUAACUAAUGAGUGUUAA